AUUAAAAAUUACGGUUUCGAUUCCAAAAUUAGAAAAGAGUCGAUGGCGUCGCGUACAUGUCUUCUCUUCCUUCUCGUUGCGUUUCUCGCCGGAGCACUUGCCGGAGACGUCAUUGAAGUCAAUAGAUCUCAGAAUCAGAGGGAGUUCGAUUACUUCGCUCUCUCUCUUCAGUGGCCUGGAACCUACUGCCGCGCUACUCGUCAUUGCUGCUCCAAAAACGCUUGCUGCAGAGGCUCUGAUUCUCCAACUCAGUUCACCAUCCAUGGGUUAUGGCCUGACUAUAACGAUGGUUCAUGGCCUUCUUGUUGUUAUCGAUCUGACUUUAAUGAGAAGGAGAUCUCAACGUUGAAGGAUGGUCUUGACAAGUACUGGCCUAGUCUUAGUUGUGGUUCUCCAUCAAACUGUCAUGGUGGAAAAGGGUCCUUUUGGGGCCAUGAGUGGGAGAAACAUGGGACUUGUUCUUCUCCUGUUUUUCGUGAUGAGUAUAAUUACUUUCUUGCCACGCUUAAUCUCUACUUGAAGUAUAAUCUCACGGAUGUCCUUUAUAAAGCUGGCUAUGUUGCUUCCAACAGCGAAAAGUAUCCUCUAGGAGGUAUCGUAACAGCCAUUCAGAAUGCAUUUCAUAUCAACCCUGAAGUGCAAUGCAAAAGAGAUGCAAUCGAUGAAAUACGUAUAUGCUUCUACAAGGAUUUUAAGCCCAGGGACUGUGUUGGUUCAAAAGAUUUGACAUCGAGAAAAUCAUGUCCCAAGUACGUCAGUUUGCCGGAAUACACGCCAUUGGAUGGUGAGGCUAUGGUUCUGAAGAUGCCAACAGAUAGAGAAGCUCUAUGAAUGGGAGCCUUGUUAUUUACUUAGAGGCAAUACAUUACUUGUCUCUGAUGUUGUACUUUUACAGCCAAACCUAUAAACAAUGAAUAAAGAUUGGCUUAUUAUCGUCUUAUUUGAUAUGAAUCAUAUUACUGAUAAAUCAAGUUUCUUUCUAAC